CUGCGCCAAAAGCAUUUGAAACGUUCAAGUAACCACUUUGAAGAUGUCGCUAAUUAGUCUAUUCUUUGCUCUACUCUUGGCCAUCUCAGCCGAGGCAAUCAGUCGUCCACUGCCGCCUUAUAUCGGUCUGCCCACCCAGGAUGGUCUCACCCAGCUCUUCUUCAACUCGCGAGUGACACGACGUGAUCCCAAGACAUCGGUGAACUGCUUUGCCGGCUACAUUGGUGAAUCGAAUCUGAUUGCCGAGCAAUACAGCGGCGCCUACAGCGGUUGCCUACAGAAGGCUCACGAAUCGCGACGUGGCAUCGACUUGGACUUUUUGCCCACGCGGCGAAUGAUCGAAAAGUCCGCUGAACUCGUGUGCAACGCAUUGAGUCGCUGCGUCAAAACCAAUGGCACUCUCGACUCUUUUAAUUGUCAUGCGAAUCAUGGUUCUAAUAACACCAUUGCCACGUACAGCAUCUCGGGCAAUGCCACGGAAUCUUCGCACGUGUUGCAAGAACGCUAUCGCCUCAUUGACUUGCAUCAUGAGCAAUGCGUGAACAAGGCCGAACGCAGCUACGUCGAGUCCACGGCCAGGAACUACAACUAUUUGCAGGGCUGCCUGGAUGGACGUAUUCUUCCCAAGCCCAUUCCAACCACGAGCAGCUCCACAUCGACAACCACAACAACGACAACGACAACAACCACAACUGAGCCACCAACAACCACUCCGGAGCCGGCAACCACCGAGAGCCAAGGCAACUUGGAGGAUCAAUUUAAGGAGCUUUUAAACUUGCUAAACUAAAACAACGAGUCAAGAACUUUUUUGGCUCGUUGUUUAACUUUUAAAGCUAAGCAUAUCGAAGGGAAUUUCUGAAAUAAAGCGAAAAGUGAACCCCAAACAGAGACAAAGUAAACAAAGCAGCAUUCAAA